CAGAUCUCCAGUCCUCUGAGGGCUGAUGCCAAUACUCGACACUCAGCAUGUGCUUUAAAACAUUUAAUGUCGUUUUUCCUCUUUCAAAUCUGUAGGAAAGUUUCUGUCUGGUUCACAUGUUAUGUAAACCAGAGUCUCCACCCUCACAGCUCACAGAGUCCAUGGUUCGAGUCAGGUCAGUCAUAUACUGCUGGUGUCAUGGUGCCAGGAUCAUGGUGGUGCAUACAACACAGAACUACAGGAGACAGCCAAGUACAGUAGAUUGUGUGUGUGUGUGUGUUGGAUUGGUUCGAUUCAGAGCAUAAGUUCCUUUCUAUCUGGAGCUCCACAUGUUUACCAUGGCUUCCUGGUACACUAGGUGAGUAAAUGACCUUUACAUGAAUACGGUUGUGUCUUUCAAUGAACCCUAGGAUGCACAGCGGUCAGGCCACAUGUCCAGUGCUCCCAAUAUAGACUCCAGAUAAAUAAAAGUACAUAAGAUUAUCUUACAGUCUUCACAUGUACACAAUCAAGGUCAAUUUAAUCUAUUUUAUCUUAAUUACUAUCAUAUUGUUUGCCACUGUUGAUGAGUAUGAUGAAGCCCCAGAACGCUGCACCAUACAGUGUCCAGUACAGGCAACAUGCUGGUCCGGGUCACAGGCAGUAAAGUGAAUGUUUUCUUCUGAAUAAACUUCUACGUGUGUAUGUAAUACUCUGCUUUUCAACCAGCUCAUCAUCUGGUAUGGAAAAAAGUCAUCAUGUCUGUACAUGUCAUCCCACAGGAAGUCGCAUAACAUUUCUACUUUGGACUGUUUGUAAGCUGGAUAAUAACCUGCAAUCAUCAUUAACUGAUAAGAGAGAUUUUUCCAUUGCAGUCGCUUCCUCAGUCCUUUACUCAUUACAGGCAAUUUGUCUACAGUGGAUUUUAAAUAUAUGACCCGUGCAGGACCAUGGUACCAAACACUCCGAAAACAUUGUUAUAUAAAAGAUGAUAAAUAACAUGACCUGGAAAAAUGAAACUGGGACACGACCUUGGAGACGACUCGGAGUUUGAAAAGGCUUCGGCUUUCAUCGCAAUCUGGUUAUUGACUAUUUUUUACCAGAACAAUGGCUUUCCAUGACGGCACAGGAGAGGGAAUUGUCCGGUCAGACAUUUUCAAUCGGAAUAAAGAAAUAAUUGAUUUGAUCUCUGUGAGUCUGAUCUAAAAUGAGUCUGUUGGCUUUCAGUGUGAGGUGUGUGUGUUUCCUCUGUUGGAAGAUAAACACCUUCACAUUUGAGCUGCUUAUGAACAAACACUCGGAGCAUCUCAGAGGCAGGAAUGGGUUUGAUAUCAACAUUUACUUUGAACAUGUGUGUGGAAAAACAAACUUUUUCUUUUCUUUAGAGAUGUUGCCCCAAGUAGACUAGAAAAAAAACAUAGUGUUAUUGUAAUAAUGAUAAUAAUUUAAAAUUAUUAGAGAAUAGAGAAAUUCUUAUGAACCACUACAAACUCCUGAGUGUCUACUUUUAUAUGAGCUUCUUCUUAUUCACCAUUAUAGAGUGCGACAAUGAUAGACAUAUAUAAUGCUGAACAUAAACACAACAAAACUGGGAAAUUCCUCUUUUUUUUCCCUGGUAAAACGAGUUAAAACUGCCACAGCCAGACAGGUAACGCUAUAAAAUGUAGAUCUAGAUUUCUGUAAAGCUACACGAAUUUGAAUUGAAUAUUUGCCUGUUCAAUUCUAAUUCAUACUCUAAUUCAUCCCAAAGGUGUUCUAUGGGGUUGAGGUCAGGACUCUGUGUAGGCCAAUCCAGUUCCUCCACACCAAACUCACUCAUCCAUGUCUUUAUGGAUCUUGCUUUGGUCACUGGUGUGCAGUCAUGUUGGAACAGGAAGGGGUCAUCCCCAAACUGUUCCCACAAAGAGCAUGAAAUUGUCCAAAAUGUCUUGGUCUGAAGCUGAAGCAUUAAGAGUUCCUUUCACUGGAACUAAGGGGCGGAGCCCAACCCCUGAACUUAAUGAUUUGGAGGGGUGUCCCAAACCUUUUGGCAAUAUAGUGUAUGUGUAGUCGCUGUGAGCAUUAAGAAGUCUGUCAGGGAUUUAUCGUAUAGCUGAUUUGUCCUGCAACGUUUCAUCCUGUAAGCAAUAAUCCUGAAACUGAUGAAUGUGUGUGUGUUUGGGGUUGGGGGUUUGAUUCCUGCCUCUGUCCUGUUUGUAGGGAGUUUGCAUGCUCUCCCUGUGCUUCAGGGGUUUCUCUGGGUUCUCCGGUUUCCUCCCUGGUCCAGACACAUGCACUGUGGACUGACUGUCAUCUCUAAAAUGUCCAUAGUAUGUGAGUGUGUGUUAAGAAUUGAGUCUCUAGGUUUCCUGUGGCCUCGAUAUUCUUUUCAUUUUGAAGUCACUAUAUCAGUGGUGUCCAGUCUCAUCCACAAAAGGUCAGUGUGGUGCAGGUUUUCAUUCCAACUGACCAGAAGCCACACCUGGGUCUAUGGAAAGCCAGGAUUAGGUUGAUUAAACAGGUGGAAUCGGGUGUGGCUCCUGCUUGAUUGGGAUGAAAACCUACACACACACACACACACACACACAGGCCCUUUGUGGAUAAGACUGGACACUCCUACACUACAUGGGACAGUGGAGCUCUUCACAUUAGUUAUAUAUGACGUAAGGAAAAGGCAAGAGCUGAUGCAAUUUCCUCUGAGUCAGUGGUGUUCCUGGAAAAACUUGUGCAAUGGCAUAACAGAGCUGACUCAAAGGAUGAGAGUACAACUGUUAUAUCUUUUUGUUUCCACCAGGAUCGCUUUAGAUUUCUAAAUGGAAAUGAUUGACUGGUUUUAAAGCUUGUUUCUGUAUUUCUCACAACAUAUAUAAUUUUUCAUUCUGGCCUUCAUGACUUUUAACAUGAUAAAUACAUUCAUUACCCGGAAGUUAUUUAAAAAAAAACAACCCGUAAGCAGCGGUUUUACACAACAGGACUUUUUUUAUUACUUUUUUAAGGAAAAUUAAUUUCAAAGUCUAUCUGAAACUUUUAAAAUGAAUGUGAAGUGAAAAAUAAACCAUAUUUUUUUUUCCAUAGCCUACAUUCCACUCGGUUAUAUUGUGACCUCUGUAGCGGCUCUACGUCACGCGUGAUGUCACGCGCCUCUCAUGUCUUCUGGGGUGGGGAGGCAGCGCGCGCGCGUGCGUGUAUGUGUGUGAGAGAGAAAGAAUGAGUGCGUGUAAUAAUUGUGUUUUUGAUCCCAUUUUAGUCUAAUCUCGCAUUAAUUGGAUGGCGUGUCCUGAUUGCGGGUGUGGUGCCGUGUUGUUCCGCGGCUCCGUAUCUCGGAGUGAUUAGAGGAUUUCUGUGUAAACACAUCUCCGGAGUGAGGAAGUGGGAUGUGGCCCGGAUCUUCGCUCACGGUCUGCGGUGUGACACGAUCACGGCGCCUCGGGGACGCACUGACACUCUGUUGCACGCGGAUAUAAAAAAGACGUGAGUGAUGGCAUCCGCUUCAUGCAGCCGGACGACGACGACGAGGUCCGUUGUGGAUUCACCUCGCGCUGGAAGACUGAGAAGUGUCCCUCGUGUCGUAAUGUAGCGGACUGGACUGUGGUGUGCCUUUUUUGUGCCCUGACAAAGCGUCAUUUACGUCGGAUAAUGGACUCGUCGGUAACGCUGGGCAGGCUGGAGCUCGGGCGCGCCGCCGUGAACCCGGGCGCGCUCCUGAACGGACCGGGGGCGAGGGAAAGGAGCGCGCAGCAGCAGCACACGGGGACGCGCUCUGGACCUCUCGGCUGUGUGCCGCUCUCACACCAGGUCGCGGGCCACAAGUACGGCGUGGACAAAGUAGGUAUACUGCAACAUCCUGAUGGUACGGUUCUAAAGCAGCUCCAGCCUCCACCCAGAGGACCCAGAGAGCUGCAGUUCUACAGCAUGGUUUAUGCCAAGGAUUGUUGUGACCCGUGUCUACUCGAGCUGCAGCAGCACCUUCCCAAAUACUACAGCACUUGGUCAUCUCCGGACAGCCCCACAGAGCUGUAUCUGAAACUGGAGGAUGUCACACGCCAUUUCCAGAAGCCCUGCAUCAUGGACGUGAAGAUCGGCCAGCGCAGCUACGACCCCUUCGCCUCGCAGGAAAAGCGUGAGCAACAGAUCAGGAAGUACCCCCUGAUGGAGGAGAUCGGCUUCCUGCUGCUCGGGAUGAGGGUGUACAACGUGGGCUUGGACAGCUUUGACACAUAUGACCAGCAUUAUGGACGUGGUCUCACACAGGAUACCGUCAAAGAUGGCCUGUGUAAGUUCUUCUACAACGGCGACCGUCUCCGUCGCGAUGUCGUCACUGCCGGCAUCACCAAGGUCCAGAGCAUCCUGCGCUGGUUCGAGAAGCAGAGGCAGUUAAACUUUUACGCCAGCUCGCUCCUCUUCGUCUACGAGGGCCUUCCUUCAGCACAGGAGGACAAAUCCGGCACCCGGAGCCUGCAGAAGAACGACGGGGUUCUGGAGUACAACAACAACAUCGAGCAGAGCCUCUCCACAAUGUACUCCCUGCACAAGAAAGCCUGCAUGCAGAGCCACCACUCCAGCCAGCAGGACAACAGCGCAUGGCACGGCCUCCUCACGCAGACCGACGCCCACGAGCAAGACACCGGAGGACAGGAGCUGCCUGAGGUGGAGGUCCGGAUGAUCGACUUUGCCCACGUCUUCCCUAGCGAGGUCCACGACCACGGCUACAUCUACGGCCUGAAGAACCUGCUCAAGGUGCUGCAGCAGAUUCUGGACGACUGAAAUCAUGGUUCUUCAGCCAUAACACACUGCUCAUCUCAUCAGAGAGGAGGUUUUUAACGUUGUAGCUACUCUCUCAUUCCUCUCUCCCUUAUCCAGGCCCUGCACUACUUGGACUAUGAUGAAGUAAAAAAGCUUGGUAUUAUAGUUGGUCUACAUGCGCCUGGUUCGUUUUUUCUUUGAAUAUAAAGUGUUUUACUCAGGUAAACCCCUUACAUAGUCAUGUAUAGUAUUUUUUUUCUUGGCAAUGGCAGAAAUGGAAAUUCUCUCACCUUUACACACCUUUCUGCUUCAGUAUAUGGGCUUGUAUUUUCCUAACCCGAGUUAAACCGGGAAUUGUUUUUAAAUCCUUUUUACAUGUAGUUGCUUCAGUAUGGCUGCGGUUGAGGAGAGGUCAUUUCUUUACCCUGCGCUCCCAUAAUGACGUUUGGUGUAUGUUUUACACGUAUGUUAAUUCCCCGUGUAAAUACGCCGUCAUGUUUUCUGUGAUUUGAACCCCGCAGUAUGCUGAAACCCUGUGACGGGAAAGCUCAGACCUUUAUCGACGAGCCGUCCCGUCUGGGAUCAUACCCUUUUUCCCAGCUAUCUGUAAGCCAUGCUUUAUUAUUGCUGUAUCAGCUGAUGAAGUGUUUUGAGACACGUUCCUGAGCGAAUGAAGCUUUAUUGGGCAGAGUAUUGAUUCCAAUGCAGGAGAGGCAAAGCCAGCAUCUCGGUUAUAGAAAAAUAAAAAAAGAGGGAUUAAAAAAAAUGUAAAAAAUUUUGGUGAGGUGAGAAAUUAUUAAUAUCAAAAUUAAGAGAAAAAUCUCAAUUUUUUUUUUCCUCAGACAGCUAUUUUGUUUGUUUAUUAGUCUUUAAUUUUUUUUAAAUUUUAUUUAUGUUAAUUAAUUAUUUUUUAAUCCGUUUUAAUUUCUAGGGCAUUUGAAAUUUUUAUUAUUAUUAUUAUUAUUAUUAUUAUUAUUUUUUUUUUUUAGAGAUUCCCGUAUAGGUGCGUAAUCACUGUAUACACUGACACUUAAAAAAAAAAAAAAAAAAAAAAAAAAAACCUGUGAAAUUUAUGAAUCAUCUCAAAGCUGAUAUUAAUUUGAUAUUGAUAUUUUUAAUUUUUUGCUUUUAUUUUGCAUUUACUGUAAAACCCUGGAAAGUGUUCUUUGGCAGUGGAGUUUGGGUUGAAACACACACGUCUUAUGUCCUUGUCUUAUGCUGAAUGACUGCCGCCGUGUUCGACUUUGACAUUCCUGUCGAUUUAAGCAGAACCAGAGCGUGCUUUCUGCCCCCCAAACCCCCCCCUGAAGGAAAGGAAAAAUAAAAGGAAUUGGAAUUGCGAUGUCUUUGGGCAAAGUCGACGAAUCUACCUGCGCGUCUAAUUCCCCGGCUCUUGUCUCACUCUCAGGAAUGUAUUAACGUUACGAGGACUUCAAAGAAGCAGUCAAGACAUCCGUAUGCAAGAACUCGAAGGAAGAAGGCCAUGGGCCGGUCUCAAGCUCCGAUGCAUUUGUUCUGUAGCAUGCGCCGCUAAAUCUAGGAUUUUUGUUUGCAUUCCGGUUCUGUUCAGUCCUGCUUUACAUUUACAGCGUUUAAUUUCAUUCAUGCACUGAAGUGGAAAUACUGUAUGAUGUAUACAUCGACUUUCCUGCUGUGAACUAAUCCAUUAUUCUCAUUAUUAUUAUUAUUAUUAUUAUUAUUAUUAUUAUUAGUUGCACCUGAAUGACGUGCGCUGGUGCUCAAAGCACUUUAUUGAUUUCGCUAGACUGGAUUUUUUUGCCUUUGGAACUGGUUUAAUUCCUAACUGUAUUAAAAAAAGUCAUCUUACAUUUUAGAUGUUUCCGAACAGAAGAAUCUUUUUAUAACCUUUUCGGUUUUAAUCAAGAGAGAGAUAUCAGGGUAACUUUGAUGAUGUUAUGUCAUGAGGAACGUGUUUAAUCAUUUUUUGCUGUCCUGUAACACGCAGGCUUCUUUUCCAUCUUUUAAAACCAGUCCAUGAAGCCGCAGGGUUGCACAAUUGGACCUGGUUUACUGGAAUGAGCUUAAUUUAAAUGGUUUUUUAUUUUCCCCCAUGCGCUGUAUCGUUCUGCAAAAUCUUAAACCAAGGCUCUGGAAGAACUAAAUCCAGGUUGAGGGUCAGUACUGGAAUGACCGUUACUCAUGUGAACCCUUAUAGAUGAAACCGAUUCCAGUUUUUUGUUUUUUUUUUUUGGGUUAUAUAACUGUAUAACAUCUAAUAAUCAGACUCAUAUAUUAGGUGUAUAUUUGGCAAAUCUAUCAUUAUUAAUAAAAAAUCGCUCUUAAUAA